CCCAUUGGAAAGCCUCAGUGCUGCACUGCUUGCACACUAUUUGCGGGUAACAACGUGCGGUAUAUUUAUUUACGUAUUUUUGAAUUAAAACAAUGGCUGGACGCAUGGAAUUGUUAAGCGAGCAAGGCUUGCGUCUCGAUGGUCGCCGGCCCCACGAGCUGCGACACAUCAAGUGUAAGCUGGGCGUCUUUGAACAACCCGAUGGCAGCGCAUAUAUGGAACAAGGAAACACCAAAGUACUGGCGGCUGUAUACGGACCACAUCAGGCGAAAUCAAAGAAAGCUGAAGGCAACGACCUCGUUAUAAACUGUCAAUACAGUCAGGCAACAUUCUCCACAGCAGAGCGGAAGAAUAGACCACGCGGCGAUCGCAAAUCCCUAGAGUUUAAAAUGUACCUGCAACAGGCGCUGAGUGCGGCCAUCAAAUCAGAACUGUAUCCACGCUCACAAAUUGAUGUUUACGUGGAGGUACUGCAGGCAGAUGGUGCCAAUUAUGCAGUUUCCUUGAAUGCGGCUACAUUAGCAUUAAUAGAUGCUGGCAUAUGUCUAAAUGAGUUUGUGGUUGCCUGCACAGCAUCGCUGAGCAAAUCAAAUAUACCCUUGACGGAUAUAUCGCAUAUAGAGGAAGUAUCUGGUGGACCUAAGCUGACUAUUGCAGCACUGCCUACGGCGGAGAAGAUUGCCUUCAUGGAGAUGAGCGAGCGUUUUCACAUCGAUCACCUGGAAACCGUUAUAGAGACGGCAAUGGCGGGGUGCCGGGAGAUACGAGACAUUCUAGAGCGUGCAGUGAAGGAGCAUCUUAUACAUAUGGGCAGCGCUGCUGACUGGGCGCGCGUUGGUUAAAAUAAAUUUUACAUUUUGCA